AUGAAGCCUAGACUGCCUAACGAGGUAGACCGCGAGGAUACGCCUGAUCCGCCGGUGGUAGAUUACCUUAACCGACUCCGAGAUGACCUGUUGGAACGACUCUGUUGGGACGUUUUCGGUUCGCUGAACGACAUCCUAAUCAAAGAUCCCGAAAAUUCUCUCACGUCCUUCAUUGGCGCCAGCAUCGCCUCAGAGUCGUUAGCAAGCCCCCCGCUCUCCAACAUCUUGGUCUACAUCGAUGUCUGCGAGGAGAAGCACAACAUCGACGAGCAUGAGGAGGAAGACCGAUACGCUGCCUUAGAGCCGCUGAUCAUUGACAAGGAGGAUGGCUCUCCUAUAUUCUUACAUGAUUUUGUCUCGCAAGUCCACUCAUACCUCAAUGCCAAUAAGGAAGAGAUUAUGCAAUGCGAAGACGAACUUUACAUGAACCCGGUGGACUUGGGCGACGGUGUCAAAGCGGCGGAAGUCAUCCCUGACGAUGAUGACAGGGACUGGGCAGAUGGAUCUAGAGAGGACCCAGAGUUGAGUCAUUUCCUUCGAAGCGGCAAUAUCCUAGAAGGAAGUCGAGUCUUUUUUCGAUAGGGCUAUGUUCAACCAAAUCUAUCAGGACGAAUAUAGUAUUCACGUGGUUCUUUU